UUAAUGGUUUCAACAGGACAGAUUGAUUCACUUUGGAGCUGUAAGUACUGAUGUAUUAGGGUGCAGCGCUCAUUGUUCAUUGACGCAGAGUCCCAAAAUGAAUAUCCAAGAGCAGGGUUUCCCCUUGGACCUCGGAGCAAGUUUCACCGAAGAUGCUCCCCGACCCCCAGUGCCUGGUGAGGAGGGAGAACUGGUGUCCACAGACCCGAGGCCCGCCAGCUACAGUUUCUGCUCUGGGAAAGGUGUUGGCAUUAAAGCUGAGACUUCGACGGCCACUCCGAGGCGCUCGGAUCUGGACCUGGGGUAUGAGCCUGAGGGCAGUGCCUCCCCCACCCCACCAUACUUGAAGUGGGCCGAGUCACUGCACUCCCUGCUGGAUGACCAGGAUGGGAUAAGCCUGUUCAGGACUUUCCUGAAGCAGGAGGGCUGUGCUGAUUUGCUGGACUUCUGGUUUGCCUGCACUGGCUUCAGGAAGCUGGAGCCCUGUGACUCGAACGAGGAAAAGAGGCUGAAGCUGGCGAGAGCCAUCUAUCGAAAGUACAUCCUUGAUAACAACGGCAUCGUGUCCCGGCAGACCAAGCCAGCCACCAAGAGCUUCAUAAAGGGCUGCAUCAUGAAGCAGCUGAUCGAUCCUGCCAUGUUUGACCAGGCCCAGACAGAAAUCCAGGCCACUAUGGAGGAAAACACCUAUCCUUGUUUCCUGAAGUCUGAUAUUUAUUUGGAAUAUACCAGGACAGGCUCGGAGAGCCCGAAAGUCUGUAGUGACCAGAGCUCUGGGUCAGGGCCAGGGAAGGGCAUAUCUGGAUACCUGCCGACUUUAAAUGAAGAUGAGGAAUGGAAAUGUGACCAGGACAUGGACGAGGACGAUGGCAGAGACGCUGCUCCUCCCGGAAGACUCCCUCAGAAGCUGCUGCUGGAGACAGCUGCCCCGCGGGCCUCCUCCAGUAGACGGUACAGCGAAGGCAGAGAGUUCAGGUGAGUCCGACGCCAAGCGUCCCGCUUUCUGUACUCACCUCCGAGAGCUGG